UGGAUUCACAUUUGACAGCUAUUUGGUUAUCAGAGAGCCAACAGUGUAGAUUCGACUUCAUCAAAUAUUAUUGUAAUUAUUUAAAUAGUUAACAAUGGCAUCAAAAAAGUGUUGUCAUGGGUGUCUUUCUGUUGGAAGACGAUUAUAUAUAAUUGAGGAGCACGCAAAACUAUACAAUCGACUGCUGUUGAAGAAAUCAAACCAUACAAGCAAGAAGUUAAUGAUGUGUUGGGAAUGCCACCAGAUCUUGAAAAACAUCCAGACAUUCCGUAUGAAGAUAACACAAGCCCAGAAACUUUUAAGCAAUAAAUUUUUGCCACAGCACUCCCUGUCAAACCUAACUGCAUCUAAGAAAAUUGAUGAUUAUCACGUAAUAAUAUAUGAAGAUGAAAAAAAUAAUAUAACUCCAGCAACCGAAAUAGAAGUGCCUGUUGUAAAACAGGAGCGUAGUGAAUUAUAUAAUCAAAUUGAAAUAAAAAAAAAUGAUAUUUAUGAUAUAAAAUUGGAUGCAAUCAAAGAGGAACUUAAAAAUGAAAGUGAUGGGUUUGAAGAUGAUGAUAAUGAAGAGAUAACAGAAUUAGAAGAAGUAUCAGUUCCUAUUGAUUUGCUGGAAAAGAAUCCAAAGAUAAAGGUGGAACAUCCAAGGAAGAAACGGGGUGAACUGAAGCAGAAAUAUAGAACUAUUAUUUUGGACGAUAUUCCGGAUAAGAGGAAGUAUUAUGAUGUAGUCAAGAUAGACCAUGAGACCGUGUUGCACUGGCUCGAGAAGCGAAAGAAACACACAAGUACCAAAAACUUUCAGUGUCAACUGUGUUACGCCGGAUUCGCACAGCAGAAAUUCUACAACCGCCAUCUUACCCUGUUACACGCUCAGAAAAACAAGUUUGAAUGUGACAUAUGCGCUUGCCGCUUUAAGGAUCGCCGCUUGAUGAAGCGUCACAUAAACGAGCACUUCCAGCAGUAUUCGUGCAAGAUGUGCGGUCUACAGUUUCGCGCAAGGAGCCAGUUGUACGUGCACUUUGCGCACGGCCCGCACGGCAGGCAGAUGGAGUGCAAGAAGUGCGGGGCGAGGUUCGAGAGUCAGUUGUACGUGCACUUCGCGCACGGCCCGCACGGCAGGCAGAUGGAGUGCAAGAAGUGCGGGAUGUGCAGCCAACAGUUUCCCGCAAGGAGUCAGUUGUACGUGCACUUCGCGCACGGCCCGCACGGCAGGCAGAUGGAGUGCAAGAAGUGCGGGGCGAGGUUCGAUUGCAACAAACCCCGCGAUUUCUUCUCGCACUACCGCGACAUGCACGGCCACCCGCAGUGCGACCACUGCGGUAUGCACUGCACCACCAAGAGCAGGCUCUCACACCACAUACUAAUCCGUCACACGGAUUUCCGCUGCAAGCCCUGCGACAUUGCCUUCAGCUCGUUUCACGCGCUGACCAUCCACAACAGACGCAAACACAUCGUCGACACCAGCGAGCGGAACUACUGCGUGGAGUGCGACCUGCAGUUCACGAACAGUUUGCUGUACAACGAACACGUGAAACGGAGCUCGAAACAUCGCACUAAACCCAGAGUGCCGUGCCCCUCGUGCGACAAGACGUACAGCAAGCGUUGCUACAUGACCAACCACUAUAACCUGGAACACCUCAAGGAGAGCAAGUUCGUCUGUCCGGUCUGCGACAGGAGAUUUUUGAACGGGUUCCGGCUGCGGUACCACUUGAAGUAUUAUCACGAGAAGGCACCCAAACCUAAGAACCACAUGUGCAAUUACUGCGGAAAGGGCUUCAACACUCGUCGCAUCCUGGACAACCAUAUCCGCACUCACACGGGCGAGCGGCCGUUCGCGUGUGCGCACUGCACUGCGGCGUUCGCGCAGGCCACCGCGCUCAAAACGCACGUGCGAUCCGCGCACAAAUAAAUAAAAUAAAAAUGAUUUAUUUCACUUUAAAAAUC